AUGCCGGGCUUAGGAGCUGUGAUCUGCGAGAAAUUCGCCGCUCAGGGUGCCGACGUGGCGGUCAAUUAUGUGAACAACAAGGAGCGCGCCAAUCAGGUCGCCGAAAAGUGUUCACGACAGUUUGGAGUUCAUGCCAUUACUGUUCAAUCUGACAUUGGCGUCACGGAGGACAUUGCGCGCCUGAUUGCAGAGACGGUCAAGCUACUCGGUGGACUUGAUAUCAUCAUCAAUAACGCAGGAUGGACUCGUUUCUCAACAUUUGGUGACCUCCAUGCUCUCAGUCAUGAUGAAUGGAACAAGUGCUGGACUAUCAACGUCAUGUCUCAACUGUCGCUGAUGCAAUAUGCCGCACCAAUCUUUAACAACAACCCCGAUGGCGGCGUCUUCAUCAUUACAUCAUCUAUAUCAGCCAUCACCGUUUACGGCAGCAGCAUGGGCUACUGCGUCACCAAAGCUGCGGGUUUGAGACUGAUGAAGUGUCUGGCUUCUACACAAGGCCCGAAGAUCAGAGUCAACGCGGUUCUACCGGGGCUUCUGCUGACAGAAUGGUGCCUGCUAUCAUUCUGGACUACGCUGAUCAGUUCUUAUGCUCUUUAUACACAAAAGGGCAUGCAAUUUCCAGAAGCAGCGCGAAAGGUUGCCACUGAGAGGGCCGUACUCAAACAAGAGGUCCGUCUCUCCGGCCCCCGUAUAUAG